CUGACUGUGGAAACCUGAAAGGUCCCAGCCUGAUUGGGUGGGCACAGCUGGUGCCCUGGAGGAGAGAUUGUGGAGGGCGGUGGAGGAGGAAAGAGCUGGGCACACGCCUGCUCUCUCAGGGCACCUGGACACCAGCUGUGUGGACCCAGAAAGGACCUCUGGCCUGAGGACGGCAGGUGUAGCGCCCCAGAACAUGGCCACGGACCCCAACAAGGGCUUGGAUCUGCCUCUCCUGAGCAGCCACCGAGCACAAAUCCCUCACCAGCAGGGCGUCCCAGAUCUUGAGAGACCAUUCAAAAAAGCCAAAGGAAAGAAAAGCAGAGACAAUCGAGCCCAAAUGGAGGACAUAGGGAAGGCAGCGCAGCAGAUCUUGCCGGAACAGGCACAGCCCGAAGCCCCGCCAGCAUUCCCGCCCAAGGCCUCAACCCGGUUCCCUCCAAGGUCCAACACCUACCUGAUUACAGGGUUGCAAAAUGAGCUGACCAAAAGUGGGAUUCUGAAGAACAUGACUGACCAUGAGGAUUUCUGGAAGCUGGUUCAGGAGGAAGCUCUUGGCGUGGGAAUUAAAGAAAAACUCCAGAAGAUAAGAUUUAAGUUGAUGAACCCCAGGCCCUGGCCGCCAGCUGCUGAAACCAGGAGGCUAGCCAGCACUGAUCAAGACUGUGGGGGCCGCCAGGGAGCCCAGAGCCUUCUCUCUCGACUUACGGAAUGGAGAAAACGGUGCCAACAGUGUGCAGUGGCCCCGAGACUGCCCCACGAACAGGGGGAGAGCAAGAUUGUGUCUAAGACAAGGACGGAUUCCCAGAGCAAGAGAUAUCUCAGUCGGUUGGAUCAGAUGCAUUCUGCCUCCCUGGCUAACAUGGAAUUCUCCAGAAGACUGCUGGAGAGAGACGGCCGCUUUGCAGACCUGCUCGCCGAGCACAGGGCUAGAAGCCUGCUGGAUUACAUGGUCCCAAGCAGACACACACAGGCAGAUGCUCCACCCGGAGAAAUGAGGGUGGAGGACCCCCCGGUCCCUGGCCAGCAACUUCAAGCACCACCUGCUCUCCGAUUCCUCAAGCCCCACAGCCCAGAAAGUCCGCAGAGAGGUUCCCGCUUGAAGACAGGAAGACAGCAAGUGACCCUGUGUGGCAUGAGCAAGCUUUCAGAUCAUGUGAGGGGCAAGCUUGCUCCUGCCGGGAUAACCACAGACCCCAGGCCGACAGCACCCCUGACCCUGGAACACGUGAUCCAGACCCAUCCUGUGGUGGAGGCUAAGACCGCACGUCGAUACUGGGUGAACUAUGUGGACGAAGAAUAAGAUUUUAUACGGUUACUAGAUGUAAAGAAAAUCCAAACAUGAUGAUAGGCAACGAGGCUGACAUCCAGUAAAGAUGUAAAUCCCUGACACGAGACACCUGGUACGGAUCGGUCUUUCCUUGUAAAGGUGACGUCACCAUGCAGAGCCCAGAGCCGUGAAUUCAGAUGGAUGGGGACGGCCAACACGGACAGGACAGUGGUCGUUGCCAGCCUGCUGAGCAGACUUAGGAAUGGGACUUAAACUGGGGGCUCUUCAGUUCCACUGGCUCGGCGUCCUUCUGCCUGCUGCUGUGUUCGCAGUGCCUUAAGGAAAAUAUGCCUGUUUUCUUUCUUAAAAAUAAGUUUUUUUAGAAAAACUUUUAAAUUAUGAGUGAGCAUAAAAAGGCAGGAUCCAUUGAUCAAAGGCGUCUGGUGAGAUGAAAUUAGCUUCAUAAGGUAGAAAAAUAUAAUUAAUGGAGGUAGUAGCCAACACUUGGUUGGAUUAGGCACAUCUGAAGACAGCAUGCAGGAACUGGAUAGGCCAAAGACUUGGUCUGAUGCCUACCCCUGACAAAUAGCUGGCCUUCCUAGGCCAGAGGGGUUUAAUCCCAGGUCUAGCAGCAAUGACGGAGAGGCAUAGGAAGGUACAGCACCAGAAAAGAAAGGUAUUUCUAGAAUUGGGGGAAAAUGUCAACCUUUAGAUUUAAGGAGUCCAAAGAAUAACAAACAGUAGUGAAAAAACAAAUAACGGCGCCAGCUGGGGAUGCGGCUCAGUGGGAGAGGGCUUGACUUGCUUUCUCAAGUUCCUGGGUUCACUCCCCAGCACUUCAAGCUGCUGAGAAGCCAAGGACAAUGCCACUGGGUUUUGAUCCUACUUCAUGUUCUGGCUUUGUGGGAGCCUAACCAGUUUGGAUGUUCACCUUCCUAGACCAGGAUGGAGCGGGGAGGACUUUGGACUUUCCACAGGGCAGGGAACC